GCAGGUGGCGCUCUCGCUCGCGGAGUGCUAUUUACGACAGUUUGAUACGUUUACGGCUGCUCCUGUUAAUCAAGCGUACAGGUAAACAAGCAAACUAGUUGCGGCUCUGUGCUCUGAUAGAAGGUUUAUAUCAAUCGCAGCGAGUGACAAUGCUUCUCCGAAAUCGAGCUGUCGUUGCUCUUGGGCUUCGAAUAUGCUCCUCUCAUGUGACCAAAGGACCGCUGGCUGAUGCAGUGAAACACAGCUCAGACAUGUCUGAAUUCCGUGAGGUGUUUUCCAAAGCCAAGCACAUAGCCAUCAUAACAGGAGCUGGUGUGAGCGCAGAGAGCGGAGUACCAACCUUUCGUGGAAAGAAUGAGAAGUGGAGGAAGUGGCUGUCUCAGGACCUUGCAACGCCAGAGGCCUUCUCUCGCGACCCAUCUCGAGUUUGGGAGUUCUACCAUUACAGAAGGGAGCUUGUGAUGAACAAGAAGCCCAGCGCUGUCCAUUUGGCUUUAGCAGAGUGUGAGGUUCGGCUGACGAAGCAGGGGCGCUCUGUGGUCAUCAUCACCCAGUGCAUAGAUGACCUGCACCGUCAGGCUGGGUCCAAACAUGUGCUCAACAUUCAUGGCAGUCUGAUGGAGACGCGCUGUAUGAGUUGCGGUCAUGUGUCAGUGAACAAGAGAAGCCCCAUAUGUGCUCCCUUAAAAAACAAAGGUGACCCUGGCCCAGAUGUUCCUGAUGCCCAGAUUCCUGUGGAUAAGCUGCCAAGGUGUGAAGAAAGAGAGUGUAAUGGUCUGCUGAGGCCCAAUGUGGUGUUUUUUGGGGAGACGCUGGACUCUCACAUUCUUACCAAGGUGGAAAAAGAAAUUGAAACCUGUGAUCUUUGUCUCGUGGUGGGAACAUCUUCUAUUGUUUACCCAGCAGCCAUGUUUGGCCCUCGUAUUGCAUCCAGAGGUGUUCCAGUGGCGGAGUUUAAUAUAAAUACAACACCGAAAUCAGAAUAUUUCAUGUACCAUUUCCAGGGUCCAUGUGGAACUACACUGCCUCAAGCUUUGGCACAACAUGAGUCAGAGGUGUUUUAAAAAAAAAACACCAGGCUGACUUUUUCAACAUUAGUUAGAUUUAAAAAAACAAAACAAAAUCUACAAGCCAGUGCAGCCCAGAGAUUUCUUAGCAAUACUCCAAAUCUCUUCAAAUCAGUGUAGCUGUUAAUGCGCUUGGUGGAGGUAUUUUGUAAAUCAUUAAGCUUCUUGACAAUUUUUGAGAUGAAUUUCUUAAUACUUGAAAAUGUAGCUCACUAACUGGAAUCAGAUCAUGAUUUUUUUUUAUGUUACAUGAUAUUGUGUUAACUAUGCAGCUUAACAAAGGAAAGGGAGGACAUGCAUGUAAAAAUCAAAACAAAAGUCAGACAUCAAAGGUAUUCUUUCAUAAUAGAUGUUAAUGAGAAGAUCAUUAAAUGUUAGCACUAUUGUUCUCUAAAAUGAAGCUGUAGAUCAACAUAUUACUUCUGGUAGAGUGUUCCACUUUUCUCUUUCUGCCGCAUGAAGAGAUGUACAAAUCAUAAUAUAAUCUAGUGCCUUUUCAGACUGUUUACACAACCUUGACCAAAUGCUUGCUUUAAGUUUCAAGUGCAAAUCUUUCAAUGUUACAAAGAUUUAUUCCAGUGUACAGAGUUUGCUGUUGACCAAGGACAGAGAGGAAGUGAAAAAUUCAGGUUAUGCCUGUCAUUUACUUUCUAUGCUGGUUAAUUGUGUUUAUUUUGCCAUGGGUCUCGUUAUGUUACAUGGAUUAUCCAUCUUGCAUUUGAUAUUUUUUUUAUAUACUUCUCAGUGUCUGUAUUACAAAAUGAUGUAUGUGUUUCAUCUCUUGGUGGGACGUGUCUAAAGAACAAAAACAUCUUCUUUGUCCAAAACAAUACGCACAAUGUAUCAUGAUGUAUUCCAGUAAGACUGCCAAUACCUUUAUUAAAAAACUCAAUAUAAUAAAACACUAAAUUCAUA